UAUAAUCAAGGGGGUUAAAAUUUGACGUUUGUCAUCAAACUGUCAAAAUCCUCCUGAUGAAUCACAUUAAGAAACCCAUGGCAUUUAGUUAAAUUGCCGAAUCUCAAUUUUACAAUAGAUUUUCUUUGCAAUGUUGAUUAAGGAGGCAAGAAAAAUGGCGAUUCAUUCGUAAAAUGCUAAAAAUUGUACGAGUGAUGAGACAGAUUUGACCUCUUAUGAAUAUAACCCUUGAAUCCCGCCAGUAUAGCGAAAUGUUAUUAGUAAAAUCAAACUGCCUGAAUUUAUUUUUCUACGUCAAACCUGAACCACCCUGAGAUAUAUUCUUCGAGUAACCACCAAUUAUAAUCAGGGUUAACCCAUGUAGGAAUGUCCUGUGAAGACGAUAGAAAAAUAUGUCAACAAAUGAAGGCGAACCGCCAGACAAUCCUGUCAUACAACAAGAUUUUACUCUGUCACAAGGACUUGAGGAUAAUUCUGGAGAUAUUUUAGAAUGUCUUUCGGUAAUGGUGAGCAAUGGUGGAGAACCUGGCAGCGGGCAAGUUCAAGAACUGAUACUUGAUGAUCAACUACUUGGUACCACUUUAACAGCUAUUACUUUACCUGAUGGUACACAAGCCUUUGUCACCGACAACUUUGAAGAAGAGGAAUCAGAAGAGUACAAGGAUGAAGAACCUUCUUUGGAAUUGGAAAAUGGGAGUACAAUUCUGUUACGAGAUUUGACAGAUUUGACUGAUGGAAAAACAUUACAAUUCGAGUUAGAUCCAUCCUCAUUUUUACAAACGCAAUUAGCUGCCUCUAGCAAUGAUGAGAAUAAUUAUCCACAAGUAGAAUUAAUAAAUGGUACAGCUUAUAUGGUGGCAGGCCACGUCGAUGUAGAUGAGGGACUCUGGGAAAUUGCUGAAGGAACAUUAAAAGAAGAAGACUCAAAAAAACUCGUUAUAAAUAAAAUAACUGAAACCAAACUAAGAAACCAACAUCCUUGCCCCAGGGAAGGUUGCACAAAAGUUUAUAGCACACCCCAUCAUCUCAAGGUCCAUGAACGUUCUCACACUGGGCUGAGGCCUUACAGAUGUUCACAUUCAAAAUGUAAAAAGAGCUUUUCGACCGGUUAUAGUCUCAAGGCACAUUUGCGAACACAUACUGGUGAAAAACCCUACAAAUGUCCGACUGAGUCUUGUAAUAAGAGUUUCAAGACUUCUGGAGAUUUAUUAAAGCAUGUUAGAACGCAUACUGGGGAGAGGCCAUUUGUUUGUCCAUUUGAUGGAUGUGGCCGGUCGUUUACAACCAGUAAUAUUAGAAAGGUUCACGUGAGAACGCAUACUGGUGAGCGUCCAUAUAAAUGCAGUCAUGCAAAAUGUGGGAAAGCCUUUGCAAGUGCGACGAACUACAAAAAUCAUAUUCGGAUUCACUCUGGAGAAAAGCCCUAUGUCUGUUCCAUUGAAAACUGUGGCAGGCGAUUCACUGAAUAUUCUAGUCUCUACAAACAUCAUUUGGUUCACACACAACAGAGACCAUUUGAAUGCAAGAUUUGCUACAAAAGGUACAGACAAGCAAGUACUCUCGUUAUGCACAAAAGAACAGCCCAUGCGUUAGUUGAAAAUGAAGAUGGUGUCGAUGUAUUUUUGAAAGAUCCUCUUGACUUGACAAAUCAGACAAAAGGAAAACGAAAAAUCUCUACAUUACCAAAUCAACUUAUGUUCGAGAUAAAUGGACAAAUAAAAAUAGACGGAAAUGAAGAGUCGACAGACAAUGAGACCCAAAUACUGCUAGUUGGUGAUCCUUCCCAAAUCGCUGCUCUCCAGCAAAUUGGUUUGGAGGAAGGAUUCGAUGCUGGAAUUGACACGUCACUAGAAAGUUUGAACAUAAAAAUUGAGGAUAUAGAAUUCGGAUGGGACUAACAACAAAUUGAUGGAGUUCAAGACUAUAAAACCAACCCAAAUCUCAAUUUUUCUUGUUCUGAGCUGUUCACGCUCGAUACUUGUGUACCUUUACCAACUGAACCCAGUCGAAAAUAAAGUAUUACAUCUAAUA